AUGUCCAAGCCACAGAUUGUCUGUCUGCAAAAUACUCUGAAAAUAUUUCGCUUCUACGCAAUGUUUCCUGAAAAAGACAAGGAAUUGAACCCUGGAAAGUACCACUACGUUAAAUUUGCAAUCUUGGCAUGUUUUAGUUCGGUAGUAUUGAUUGGAAGUUUUCUACACCUAAUUAAAAGUGUGAAUGCUAAUAACUACUUGAGCUUGGAUACGGAUUUAAUAUAUACACUUUCAUUGGGAAUAACCUUUGCCUUUUCGAUUGGUUUUCUCUACAAAACUGAAGCUUUGGUUGAAUUCUUCUUGUUCCUUUCGGACUUCGAGGAGUUUGGAAAGCCGCUCGACUUCGACAGAGACAACACAUUUUACGACAGACUUUCUAUCUACCAUUAUAUCUACCUUGAAACUUUGGUAUCAGGAAUAGUAAUCAUUUCCACGUAUCUCAACAUGAACAAAUGUCAAAAAUUAAACUUAGAAUACGGCUUAGAUGAGAUAUGCGGGUUGUUUUCCUACACGUGGAUGCCCUUUGAAAUCGAUUAUUUCCCCAUGAGGCAAAUUUUCUUGGUCGUGCAACUAUUUGGGGCUCACCAUUUCUACAUGAUCGCCGGAAUGUGCGCUUGGUUUGUUUUCGAGACUGUUCAACAUUUCAGAAUAAGGAUUCGGCAUGUAAAUUUUCUUUUUCAAGAAGCUAUAAAGGAGGAAGAUCCUCAGAGGUGCAGGGAGAAGUUCAACCACGCUGCCAGAUAUCACGCGUCGUUACUUGGCUUGGAAGACAAAAUGAACGGAGCUUUUGGAACUUUUAUGUUUACACAUAUGGUCAUCACAGCACCGAUUAUAGGAGUUGGUGUAUUUGCUAUUGUAUCUGGAGGCUCCGUUAGCUCAUUUCUGGUAUGUUUGGGCUGGUUUGGUGGAUUGGCAAUGGCCUGCUUUGGUGGACAGUGGUUACAAGACGAGUGCUUUGCUGUAGGCACUGAUCUAUAUGAAGCUGAUUGGCUGCACUGUCCCGAGGACAUAAAAAAAGAUAUAAUGAUAGUAAUUCAGAGAAGCUGGACACCGAUGUAUCUAAGAGCUUCUUCGUUUGGAAUAAUGAAUUAUAGAAUGUUUCUUGGGGUUCUGAAGGCAUCUUAUUCUUACAUCACCCUUUUAACACAGACCUAA